UCUGGGACAUGUUAUAUUGGCGCGAAUGAAAGGACGUCGCUUGAGACGGAGGAGCAUUGCAAUGUUGUCGAACCGAUGGGCCGGGCUUGUAGGGGCGAUGUUGGUGGAGGCCUGCACAGGGCUGUCCUACACCUUUGCUAUCUACAGUGAGCAUCUAAAGCAAACUCUGCACUAUUCUCAAGAGGAUGUUGAUGGGCUAGGUGCAGCAAAAGACUUUGGGGGCACUGUAGGUCUUGUUGCAGGGCUGCUGUAUAAUUUCUAUCCCCCAUGGGUAACGAUGGUGGUAGGUGCAGUAGGGCAUCUUACAGGGUACGGUGUCCUCUGGUUGACGGUAACGGAUCGGAUUCGGCCAACGUAUGGAGCUCUGUGUAUGUUUGUGACACUUGCAGUUGGGGGAGGGAGCUGGGCAGACACCGCCUGUGUUGUGACAAGCAUGCGGAACUUCCCAAUGUUCCGCGGAACGGUUAUGGGCCUUUUGAAGUCGCAAGUUGGCUUGAGUGGUGCAGUCUUCACUGUGCUGUACAAAGCGUUCAUUAGCCCAGACACAAGUGGGUUUCUUCUCCUUGUGGCUGUGCUGCCUGCCAGUGCUAUGCUUUUGCUGGCUCAUACCAUUCGUCACUUUCCUACUAAGCGACGCCAUGACGACGACGAACCGCCAGAAGCAAUGCUGCGCUUCCGGUUCGCGUAUGGGCUCAUAGUUGGGCUCGCUGUCUACCUGUUGGGCCUCUUCGUACUGCAGAGCGUAUUCUCUCUCGGGAGGGUUGGCUUCAUUGUAGGAGCGAUUGGCAUGCUUGUAGUUCUCAGUCUACUGGCGUUUCUACCUGUUUCCAACAAGCUGCUGAGGGGGAAGGGGAAAGCUCGAUGGGUGCAGUUGGAAGAGAUGCCAGCGAACACGAGGCCUGGUCACCAUCUCUGGCCAGGUGGAGGCCAAGCGGAAGCAGAUCAACGUGGAGAACGACGGCAAGGUGGGGGAGUAGAGGGAGGUAGUGCAGGAAUCGAGGAGGACGAGAGAAAGUAUGAUGAGGCUAAGUCCUCUGGCAUGUAUCGUACGUCGGAAACUUUGGAGCUGUUGCCUUUUCCGCCUGAGAGCCAGGCGCAGAUGCAAGGUAAACGGCAAAGUCAAAACGAGCGGGAGGAGACCCCACAUGCCAUCCUCAGGUUGCAGUGGUCGCCGUCGCGUGAAACAGCUACAUCAUCUUCGUCUCCAAAGAGGACGGUUGUGUCGCCUUGUCCUGUUCACAGCCUGACCUUACUUCAGAGCUCUUUAACGCUAAACUUCUGGCUUCUGUUCUUCACUCUCGGGUCUGGUGCGGGCACAGGAAUCGCAAUUAUCAACAACUAUGCGCAGAUGGGCAAAGCACUACGGGUAAAUCGGGUGGAACAAUUUGUGGGAUUGAUCAGUAUUUGGAGCUGCUUUGGGCGGCUCGGUGCCGGGUACGCCUCCGAUCUUUUCACCAGACGGGGUGUGCCUCGCCCUUUGCUGUUAGCAAUGGCAUCCAGUUUGAUGAUAGUUACUCUUUUCUUUCUUGCCAGCGGGGCUUUGCUCACGGGAUCGAUUUUGGUUGGACUGUCUUUCGGAGCUUAUUGGAGCCUUGUGCCCGCUGUUGCUUCCGAUCUCUUUGGAUUGGAACACUUCGGCGCCGUCUAUAAGGCCGUAGCAUCUGCGCUUCCGUUCGGAGCUCUCAUACUGUCUGCGAAAAUAACUGGAAGCCUCUAUGAUCAGGAGGUGGUCCACUACUGCAAAAGUCUAGGAGGGGAUGUUGGCAUCGCAAAAUGUAUGGAAGAACACACAUGCUAUGGCCAUGCCUGUUUUGCUAAAGCACUGGUUAUCCUUGGAGGCGUUUGUAUAGCGAGUAUAUCGGCGGCAGCUUUGCUAACGUGGCGUACACAGAAGUUCUAUAGGAUGAAGAAUUCUGUCGUUCAGAAUGACGACGACGAAGACGAAGGAGGGAUCGAUUAAAGCACAAGCUGUAUGGUUUAAAGUGAAGCGAAGGUCCGAGAUAUAGGCCAUGCAUCUGGCCAUCUCCUCGUAUGCGACACUCUUGAGAUAAAGCUCCUCCGCAAGAAUGUUAUCGCCUGAAGCUCCAAUCAAUAUCUCAAUACGUCCACUCCCUCUAGAGUAGAUGUAGGAAACCUCGAGAAAGCGAUCUCCGUAAAGAGGCUUUCGAUAAACCUGCAUAGCAAAG